UGGCGCCGCCCGCCUCUUAUGCCUGCGGCGCUCUGGUGGUGGGCGCGUUCGCCUCCCUGCUGCUUGCGGGGCGCGGGGCCUGAGGGGCGGUAAGGGAGCGGGCCGGGACACUUCACUUUAUCGCCCCUUAAUCAGCGUUUUGCUUCAGCCCGAUUUUCUCCUCCGUAGCGAGAGGGGGAAAGCUUGUAGCCAUUGCUCCCACUGCUGGUAGGAAGAAAGGUUAUCGGCUGUGACCUGCUCCUCUGCUUCACGGGUUUUGAGUAAACAGCAACAGCUUGUAAAGAAGUGAGCUGAGAUUGACCAACCGUGAAGGAAGGAGAGGAUCCUGAAGCAACGACAAGCUCUUUGCAUCUGGCACCUGUCCCAGAGGACUGCUCCCAUACCAGUUCUGUUCCUAGUGGGACCAUGGACGGAGAGGAGACAUCACCAAGUCAUCACUCAGAAGAGAGCAGCACAGUGGACCUCCCCUCUGUCUGUGACCUAGCAGAGGGCUUUCUGUCUCCACACAGCACUGAGAACAGUGAGGAACUUUUUAAUUUUGUGGAUACUUUUCCCUCUCCACUCACAGGAGACAGCAAUCUGCCCUCUACAGUUCCUGCAGACUUUUCUGCUGGAGGCUCUGAGAAAGCAAAUGUGAGAUGUUAUCCAGAAGCCAGGAUGUGUGAGCACACUGAACCUAAUGAUGCUGCUCUCUCAAGUAUGCAUGAACACAAUAGUAUGGAAGAUGCAAGCAUCAGGAAAUCUCUCGAUAGCUUUUACAAAACAUACUGCAAGAAACAGCCAGACAGCAUGGAUCCCACCUAUGAGGCUGCAUCACAACAUCUUUUGAAGAAGAUUUCAGAGCUAGCAGACCGGGAUGGUACCAAAUAUGCAUUGCGUUGCCUGCAGAUGGCCCAGCUUGUCUUGAACAGAGACAGAUGCGAGAUCUUUCCAAACCACCCCACUACUGCAUGUUUUUCCAAGCCUGCUGAGGGAGAAGUCAUGGUAGAGGACAGAAAGAGAACACCUGGGCUAUCAGAUGACAUCCUGCAAUUCCUCUUCAAACAAACACAGAUAGAACGUAGCCCUGAUGUGCUGCAUGAGAAGUGAUCAAAAUGCUGGA